CGUGCAACGAGAGCUCCUCUGUUCCCCGUGAAUCAAUCGAGACCAAUAGCUAUAGAAUCAAGGAUGUGCAACGUUUCCUUCUCAUCUUAUGCUUCUCACCGAUCAAAGCCUUGGAAUUCAAGCUUGUGAUUUGUCUUCCCCUUCAUCUACAGUGGAUGUGGGCUAGAUCGGAAGGGAACUUCCAAAUCUCGUGCUUUGAUCUGCUGCUUCUUCUUGGCUGUCUCUCUGCUGGAAAUUGGGGCAUUUUUUGGUGGAUUCGUGGUUUGUGAUAGGGAAUGGGUGUCGAUUACUACAACAUCUUGAAGGUGGCCAAGAACGCAUCCGAUGAGGAUCUCAAGAAAACGUACCGGAAACUGGCGAUGAAAUGGCACCCGGACAAGAAUCCGACAAACAAAAAGGAAGCUGAGGCCAAAUUCAAGCAGAUCUCAGAAGCAUACGAAGUCCUAAGCGAUCCACAGAAGAGAGGAGUUUAUGAUCAAUAUGGAGAAGAAGGAUUGAAAGGCAUGCCCCCUCCCGGCUCCUCAGGUGGCCCUAAUGACAUCCAGUUCAAUCCUCGAAAUGCUGAAGAUAUAUUUGCUGAGUUCUUCGGUAGCAGCCCGUUCGGGUUUGGAUCCACGGGGCGUGCCAAGUCGAUGAGGUUCCAGUCAGAUGGCGGUCUCUUUGGUGGGUUUGGCGGGGCUGAGAAUGUCUUCCGGUCAUACACCGAUGGCGUCGGAACUGGCGGGGGAGGUCAACCACGGAAACCACCGGCAGUUGAGAGUAAGUUGUCAUGCAGCCUGGAAGAGCUCUACACUGGAUCAACUAGGAAGAUGAAGAUAUCUAGGAAUGUCAUGGAUGCUAGUGGACGAAUGGUACCUGAAUCAGAGAUACUAACGAUUGAUGUGAAGCCUGGAUGGAAGAAGGGAACCAAGAUAACCUUCCCUGAGAAGGGGAAUGAACAGGCGGGGCAGCUACCAGCAGAUCUUGUCUUCAUCAUCGAUGAGAAGCCCCACGAGGUUUACAAGAGGGAUGGCAAUGAUCUAAUCGUUAGUCAGAAGAUCUCACUGGUGGAGGCACUUGCAGGGACCUCUGUGGAGCUCACCACCCUGGAUGGCCGCAACCUCUCCAUCCCUGUAAUUGACAUUGUGAGCCCGGGCUAUGAGCUUGUGAUCGCCAAGGAAGGGAUGCCCAUGGUUAAGGAGCCAGGUAGGAAGGGAAACUUGAGGAUUCUAUUUGAGGUGAAGUUCCCUUCAAGGCUGACAGCAGAGCAGAGGGCAGGUCUCAAACGCAUCUUGGAUGGUUAAGCAGGCAGAGGUUGACAAUCCACAUUUUGUAGCUCAUCUUCAAGUCCAAGAGUACUUACGUGAGUUUUAUUCAAAUCGAUUCGUUUGAUUUUAAUUGAUUUGUUGCAAUAGAAUGUACUGUUUCGAACUAUAAGAUUUCCAUGAUGUAAAUGGUGGGUAACCAUUGAAGCUAAUAAAUAGCAGUUAGCCUUUUGAGUC